GAAAGCCGCGGCGCGGCCCACCAGGUUCCAAAACAAGGAAAUGAAGGGAGGAGGCGGGACUGUAGAUGCCUGCGGGAGCCGCCGCCGCCGCCGCGGAGGAGGAGGAGGCGGAGGAGGUGGCUGCCGCGGCCGCCGAGGAGUCCCUUGCUGAAGGCGGACCGCGGAGCGGCGGGCGGCGCGCGCGCGCCCGAGCGACGGCUGUUGGAGAAGUGGAGCGGCGGCGGUGGAGGAGGGACUGAGUGGCGGCGGCCCCCGCGUCCCGGUUUCUCUAUGGGGGAAGCAGACAAUGGAUUAUGAUUUCAAGGCGAAGCUGGCGGCGGAGCGGGAGCGGGUGGAGGAUCUGUUUGAGUACGAAGGGUGCAAAGUGGGACGCGGCACCUACGGGCAUGUCUACAAGGCGAGGCGGAAAGAUGGAAAAGAUGAAAAGGAAUAUGCACUUAAGCAAAUCGAAGGCACAGGAAUAUCUAUGUCGGCUUGUAGAGAGAUUGCACUUUUGAGAGAACUGAAGCACCCUAAUGUGAUCGCAUUGCAGAAGGUGUUCCUUUCUCACAGCGACAGGAAGGUGUGGCUGCUGUUUGACUAUGCAGAACAUGACCUUUGGCAUAUUAUUAAGUUUCACCGUGCAUCAAAAGCAAAUAAAAAGCCCAUGCAGUUACCAAGAUCCAUGGUUAAAUCACUGCUGUACCAGAUCCUCGAUGGCAUCCAUUACCUCCACGCAAACUGGGUGCUCCACAGGGACCUGAAACCAGCAAAUAUCCUAGUAAUGGGAGAAGGUCCUGAAAGGGGGAGAGUCAAAAUAGCUGACAUGGGUUUUGCCAGGUUAUUCAAUUCUCCCCUAAAGCCACUCGCAGAUUUGGAUCCAGUGGUUGUGACAUUUUGGUAUCGGGCUCCGGAACUUUUACUUGGUGCCAGGCAUUACACAAAGGCCAUUGACAUCUGGGCAAUAGGCUGCAUAUUUGCUGAACUCUUGACUUCAGAACCCAUUUUUCACUGUCGUCAGGAGGAUAUAAAAACAAGCAAUCCUUUUCAUCAUGAUCAGUUAGAUCGAAUAUUUAGUGUCAUGGGGUUUCCUGCAGAUAAAGACUGGGAAGAUAUUAGAAAAAUGCCAGAGUACCCAACACUUCAGAAAGACUUUCGAAGAACAACGUACGCCAACAGCAGCCUCAUAAAAUACAUGGAGAAGCACAAGGUCAAGCCUGACAGCAAAGUGUUCCUCCUGCUUCAGAAACUCCUCACCAUGGAUCCAACCAAGAGAAUCACCUCAGAGCAGGCUCUGCAGGACCCUUACUUCCAGGAAGACCCCCUGCCAACAUUAGAUGUGUUCGCUGGCUGCCAGAUUCCGUACCCCAAAAGAGAAUUCCUUAAUGAAGAUGAACCAGAAGAGAAAGGUGACAAGAACCAGCCACAGCAGCAGAACCCACAUCAGCAACCUGCAGCCCCCGCACAGCAGACAGCAGCCCCCCCACAGGCUCCUCCACCACAGCAGAGCAGUGCCCAAACCAAUGGAACUGCUGGGGGAGCCACUGCGGGAGGCGGGGGCGCUGGAGCGGGGCUGCAGCACAGCCAGGACCCCGGGCUGAAUCAGGUGCCUCCAAACAAGAAGCCCCGGAUUGGGCCUUCCGGUGCAAACUCAGGCGGGCCCGUUAUGCCGUCGGAUUAUCAGCAUUCCAGUUCUCGCCUGAAUUACCAAAGCAGCGUACAGGGGUCCUCUCAGUCCCAGAGUACGCUAGGCUACUCUUCAUCUCAACAGAGUACCCAGUACCACUCAUCUCACCAGACCCACCGGUACUGACCCACUCCCUCUGCUUGGCCUUGGACUCCAGCAGGGUGGUAUUUGUGUUACAAAGACCCCCAGAAUGAAGACUGACACCAUGCAAAGUGCAGACCCUUGAGAGGAAACCUUUGCAUGCUAAGUGUUUUGAAGGACUAAGCUCUCUUCUUCAUUGACUAAAAGAGGAUUCUUGUGAAGUGUCCCCGCCCUCUUCCCCCGCAUGAUUUCCUCUGUGACUUUCCUGAUGAAGCCUCUGAUCUACCCAGCACUUCUGCAUCCUUCAGCAGUCUCUGAGGGAAUUUCUGGUGCACCUUUCUCACGCUGUAGCAAUCAUUAUAAUUUAUCUUUUCUUAGAGUUUCAAUGUUGUAGGCACAGGGUUCCAGUGGUGUAUAGUUUUAUACUUCAUGAACUGAUUUAGCAACACCAGUGAAAUGCACCUUUUAAAGCACUCCACAGUCUCCACAGACUAACUGCUCUGCUCUUGGAAGUCUUCAAAAGAAACUGUUACUGUCCCAAAGUACUUUACUAUUAUGUUUUUAUUUAUCUCUUUCAGGGAAGGUGAAAGACAGUGUGGGACAGACGGUGCCCACAACCAAAAACAGUGUAGGUCUUUGCAGCUACCUGCUUAUGCUAUGAAAAACUGAAGUACUUGGUGAUUUUUAUAUAAUCAUUCAUGGGGAACUCAGUUCCCAGAAUCAUCAUAUUCUGAAUAAUAUUCAGUAAUUAAAAUUAUAAUUUUAACUUCAUGUAGCUAAGUCUACUUUAAAAGAGGUUUCAAGAGCUUUGACGGAAUCCAGUCCUUUGGGACUCACCUGGGAAGUCUGAAGAGCCUGUUUCCUGCACUAGGACCUCACAAGGAGUCACGCUGAUCAAAGCACGCUUCUUCCACGUGAAGGAAAAGCUUUUCCCAUGUGUGUCUUCAGACGCUUCUCUCAAGGGGCUGCUGGCUCUUCAGUCUCUUCACAUCUGGUCAGCAUGAGUAACUUUCUUCCAUAAUCAAGGAUACUCAAAUAGAAGCUUGUUCAUUCAUCUGCAGGGUUUUCCAUUUGUGUGUACAUUAAGCAUAAAGUGACUAUUUUUAAAGCAUGUUAAAAUUUUAGGUUUCAUUCAUGUUUGAAGUGUGUAUUAUGUAUGCAUAAUUUUGCUGUUACUGAGACUUAACGCUGUCAAGAAUCUUUUGUAUUGCACUGAAUGCUUUCUUUUGCCCCUAGGACAAAAACCUUAAUAAUUGUGCCUAAGAACUAUGGGCAGAUAGUGUAAAGUAGAUGAGGUGAAUAUUUGCAUUUCCAUGAUCUACGAAUUAGAGGGGAGUUCUAUUUUAGCUACUUUUGAGGAACCCCCACCUCCAGAAUCAAGAGGAAAUGUAAAGGCUUAGAGCUCCCAGUGUAGUGCAGGGGCAGAACACCUGUGUUCUGAUGCUCCUAGCAGCACCAGCCUUGUUUGCAAUGUUUCUUGAGCUAGAAAAAAAUAGCCAAUUGUAUAUGCAAACUAUAUGCAUUUUUAAAAAACUAUUCUUGUGAACCUAUCUACCUGGUUAUGAUACUCUGGGGUCCAUAUACAAGUAAAAUAAGAUUUUUAGAAGCCAGUAUACAUUUUGCACUAUUGAUGUGAUACUGUAGCCAGCCAGGACCACACUGAUUUCAGCAUAAGGAUGCUUAUAAACAGUAAUAAAGGCUGUAUGGUGGCAUGCAUACCAGGGCCGAAAAUGAAGUCAUUGACAUGUGACAUGCUUCACUGGGAGGAAUCUCUGACUGUCUCCUUAGACUUUUUUUUUUAAUCCCUUAUAUUUUUUUAAAAUAAGAAUCAGCCUUGUGCAUAAUGUCACUAUCAAUAUAAAGUUCUGUCCUGUGCCCUGGAGCCUCUUUGUCCAGGGCCACUGCUCCCUUCUCACAGGCUCAGUGCUCUGCUGGGAAGAAAACAUAAAGAGUGGGAGACAUUUCCUUAUUGCAGCCAGUCCAGUGAUCAUAAGCUCCUGUGGGCUGUGCGCGCCCUGUGACUGACUUAUAAAUGCCCUGUGAGAUGAAGGUCCUUUGUUUACUUCUCAACCCACUUGGAUAAGUAUGCUUCCGACUUUUAUGGUAAACAGUGUUAUGGGGAAGCAGGUCUGUGUCUGAGCACUUGAGGAGAAAGCCAGUGAUUAGCUGUCACAAAAGGCAUCUAUGCAUAUUUGAAAUGUUCACAGCAGCCUUCAGCAGCAGUUGGGUGGCCCUUGUGGACAGAGCAUAUUCUACUAAGUGGUUGUAGAGAAUUACAAUGAAAAUAGAAGCUCUGUUCUUGCCCUCGAAUGAGCUCAAUUUAAUAAAAGACAUUAGCCCCUAGUCUGUGUAUGUAUGUGUAUAUAUAUUAAAACAGUUCUUUGUACACAAACUGGAUACACACUUCUGGCAGUAUGCACUUACACAUUCACAGGACUGUUCUGGUAAAACUGACUCAAACAGGGCACUUUGUCAUUUGCUUCCAAUAUAGUGUUUUCCAGGACAUAGCCAGAAAACUCCACUCUCUGUACAGCUGGGUGCCACAUCACUGCACUGAUUCUGGCCCUUUGAUUUUCUCUUCUUGCCUCAGGGUUGGUAAUGUGCCCAGUACUCUCAGAAAUAAUUUCUGUUCAUUAUUUCCUUUCUCUGUGAAGGAAGCGAAGCCUUUCGUAUACAUGAAGGCCAUAGUCUAUGGGGUGGGUCCUCUAAUGGGGCCUGUGAAGCUUCUUAAGGGUGGAGCUUACCUCUUUGAGCCUCGAGUGAUGGUUAUUUCUCUUUGAACAUUCAGUAGAUACUAUUUUGUUCUCUACGGACACGGGGAGGCCUCCUCUGACCUAGGAGAGCUUCAGAGUCUAGGGAGGAUUGACGAAUUGAGUUGAAAGGUUUCUGGUCUUUGUAUUAAGUCACUUUUAGAUGUAGCUUUGUGGCAAGGUGUUUGGGAGAAGGAUUCGGGCCUCUGGGGACAGAGUAGCUCAAAGUAGCGUAAUGUGAGUGGGUGAUGGAGGCUGAAGCAGUCCAUCGUGAGUGAGUGAUGCGAUAGAGGCGGAAGCAAUCCUUUUGAUGGAGUAAACCGUGAUUUGAGCUGCAGAGAUCAAGAGACAAGUCUAUUUAUUCUGUGCUUUUGAAACCUUAGGACUUGGAGCUCUGACAUUUUGCACUCUGUAACGGAGCUUCAUGAUGGGAAGGAAUGGCCUCUUGUUCACACUUGCUCGCCGCUUCAUUCCUCGUUCUCUUGCCUCUAAGAUGAUGCUCUGCUCUGCUAAAAGGAAUGGGAGAGUAGGGCUUGAAGCUUGCUUUGCUUCUGAGUUAAGAUGUAGCAGCAACUAUGCAUUGUUCCCUAGGUGACUGAGAAAGACAACGAAUGGCCAUUGGGCUUAAUGGAGGCUCGGAGGAGUCGAGUACAAGUAAUAAUUUUCUAAAGAGUGUAGCAGUUUAGGUCCCCAUAAUCAUCAAGAAUAGUUAAAAAACAUCACAGCCCCAAAGGCUCGGGAUUUCAGAAGUGUAUGGUACCCGGGGGUACUUACCCUUCCAGGCUGUUUUCUAUAGGGAGUGAUGCUAAUGUGUUACAUGGGAAAUACCUAAUGCACUGUUACCACCUACAUAGUGAGUAAAUUAAUACUAUUUAAUUUUUUUUAAAAGCUUUGUCUGGGUAGACACUAAAAGCAUUAUAUACAAAGCCAGGACUGAGAUGUCCUUUUUAAUAACAACUGAAAGUACUUUUUAUAUAUGUUAUACAGUAUGUCCUUUCUAAACUAGUUUGUAUUCCUGAUAAUUCCUAUUUGUGAAGUGUACCUGUCUAUCUUUUUGGUCAUUUUCUGCACGCACCCCCUCUGUAUGAUUAGAUAUUGCCAUGGCUCUCCUUGCUCUGCUGUGAUGUGUGUAUGCCAAGCCUGCUACCCUCAGCCCACUCUGGGGAUGCAGGGCGCGUGGUCUCUUCAGAACUGGGUGCUUUUGCUCUGGAUUUAUCCAGCCACCCUUCUCAAAGUGACUCUUCCAGCUGCGAUAAGUUACAUCACAUUUAUUUUAUAUUCUUGGUUGAAAUAAAAAUUAAUUGACUUGG